GAGGUGACCGCCGCUGCGGAAGUGGGGGAGAGAUGGCGGUGGCCUGGGUUCGGUUCUCCUCGGUUGGCGGCCGCGCCGCGGCCCCCACGGGCCCGGCUCCCUGGCGCGGCUGAGGGGCCGCCGUGGGCUGCCGAGAGGGGGGGGCCGGCUCCGUCUGUCUCCCCGCGCUGCUGCGGCGCCGCUCUCAGGCAUGUUCAUUGCUGUUGGGGAGGGCUGUGAGCGUGCCAGAAAGACCCGAUGAGAACGUGGUGAAGGCGAGAGCUUGAGCUGAAUCUGGAGAUACAGUUUCUCUGUGCGAAGCAUAAAGAUUGGAACAGUGUUGAUCCAUCUGGAUGAGAAUUCCCUUGAGGCAUGAACUGAGGAAGUGCUGCAAAUGGUUUUCCAGGAACUGUACUUCAAACUUUUUCAGAGGAAAUUGAGGAGAAGCAGGAGGUGCAUGCCAGUUGGGAAAAAGCAGUUGCUGUAAGUUCUUGAAGUUUGGACAACUUUAUUCUAAAUUAAGAAGCCCCCUCCCCUUAUUCUGCUGAGGAAGAGUGCCUUACAGUUUGACACCUGUCAACCAGAAGUGGUUUUCUUGGCAGCCAUGGUGUCAUGGAAAGGGAUAUAUUUUUUACUUGCACUGUUCCUCGGAAGUUUUUUUGGAAGUAUUUUCAUGCUCAGUCCUUUUCUACCUUUGAUGUUUGUUUCCCCUGCCUGGUAUCGCUGGAUCGUGGACCGAAUUGUAGCCACUUGGCUCACACUUCCAGUGGCUUUGCUGGAGAUGGUAUUCGGUGCAAAGGUGGUUAUAACAGGUGAUGGGUUCAUUCCUGGAGAAAGAAGCGUCAUUAUUAUGAACCAUCGGACAAGAAUGGACUGGAUGUUCUUAUGGAAUUGCCUGCUGCGAUACAGCUACCUCAGACUAGAAAAGAUCUGUCUCAAAUCCAGUCUCAAAAGUGUUCCAGGAUUUGGUUGGGCAAUGCAGGUUGCUGCCUUUAUUUUCAUUCAGAGAAAAUGGGAAGAUGACAAGAAUCAUUUUGAAAAGAUGCUGGAUUAUUUCUGUGACAUUCGUGAGCCACUACAACUCCUCAUCUUUCCUGAAGGAACCGAUCUCACAGCCAAUACCAAAGCCCGCAGUCAUGAAUUUGCUGAAAAGAAUGGACUUCGAAAAUAUGAAUAUGUCUUGCAUCCACGAACUACUGGGUUCACCUUUGUGGUUGAACGUCUACGGGAAGGUAAUAACCUUGAUGCUAUCCAUGAUAUCACUGUGGCAUACCCUCAAAACAUUCCUCAAACGGAGAAGCACAUUUUGAAUGGAAACUUCCCAAAGGAGAUUCAUUUUCAUGUCCGCAGAUAUCCAGUACACACUGUGCCCACUUCCAGGGAAGAGCUGCAGGUCUGGUGCCAGAAGCGUUGGGAAGAGAAAGAGGAAAGACUCCGGCAGUUCUACGAAGGUGAAAAGUACUUCGAUGCAACGGGGCGAAGCAUAAUUCCACCAUGUAAAUCUGAACUCAGGGUCCUAGUUGUUAAGUGCAUUUCACUCUUGUACUGGACAGUCUUCACACUUGCUAUGUUUGUACUGCUGUACUUGUACAGCUUUGUGCGAUGGUAUCUUUUGAUCAUGGUCAUCAUUUUUGCCAUGCAACAGAAAAUAUUUGGAGGGCUAGAAUUAAUUGAGCUUGCGUGUCAUCAAUAUGUUAAUAAACAACAAAAUUUGUAUGGUGAGAAGACGGAAUAGAAGGCUGUUCAGCAGGGAACAAGGGGAGAUAACUGAUGUUUUUGAGAUGUGCCGCAGACUUUGUACAGGGACACAUUUUUUUGCAUGAUAACACUCAGUCUUUUCUUACUACCAUUAUUACUAAAGAUAUUUUGCACUUGUUCUGUGGAAAAGAAAGAGAAAUAUUAGUUCUUGCUAACUGUGAAAACGAUAGUUUUUAUCUUUGAAUGUAAUAUCAGUAUUGCUCUUGCAAGCAGUUAGCAAUUGCAGCAUACUGUAGUUAUGAAAUAACAUGCUGGAUUAUUGAACAAUCAUUAAGAAAUUAGUAAAUGUGAUGCACCCUGAACUUUUCAAAUGUGCAAGUACACAAUGUCCAGCUGAGAGAGACAGAUCUGUGACUCCCAUACACUCACCUUGUCAUAAAAUAAUCACCAAAUAUAAAAUACAGAUCCCCUCCCCCUUCCUUCCCCAGUAUUUCUAAUAUUUUUGUAUUUGUUUUAAACUUCUUUCUCACAGAUUUUCCUGGCUGUUGACUGGCUGGCUCAGUGAAUAAGAAAUUAGAUGAUAAUUUUAACCUUGAUGUCUUAUGUUGUUGUACAGGCAGGGCCAUCUGCUCCAACCCAACAUGAGUCUUAAUUGAAUAUUUCCAAGACCUAUUCUGCCAGCUUUUUCCCCCCUACCCCAACUCUCACCACCAACCGUCCCCUCCCCCCUGCCUUGCAGUUCAGCUGUCAGUUACAUAACACCUGUACCCUAUGGAGACUUGCACCUGCUACUUAGAUGCAUUUGUUCCCCUAAAACAAAACCAGUUGUUUGUUAGGUAGCUAGCAAGUAUUGACUUCUUUCUGUAGAAGUAACUAAUCUGAAAAAAUGUCUACUCCCUGAAUCUGCUUCUCUGGUUUUUAAAGUGCUUUCUGAGUCAUUUCAAACUUCAGGAUGCCUGUAGACAUGCAGGGGCACUGCUCCAACAUGCUAUAAUUACAGUGUGUUGGAACAGACUCAAUAGAGUCUGCUGGAACGUGCCAGUUAGCAUGCUCCAACAGCCCUCACAUCUCUUGUAGUCAGCAUCCCCAUACUUCAGAAUGGCAGUGGGGGCACUUUAACCAAAUGUCAUGAAACAAGCUUUAGUUAAAGCCCCCCCACCACCAUUUUGCAGAGCAGGAUGCCAAAUACGUGACAGAGCCACUCCAAUUAAAGUGCCCUCCCCCCAUCUCCACCCCUGAAGCACGUGGAAAGACACCCUCAUUGUUUACAGUAGGAAAACUUUUUUUUUCUUAGUUCACAACUCAGAUCUGCUAAAACUCAAUCAGGCCAUGAUUGGUUGUACGCAGUUAUGACAAAAGAAAUAGUUCAACCUAUCACAACACAGGAAACAUGAUUUCCCUGUGCAAAGACUAGUAUGCUCCUUGGCUUUCCUCUUUCUCAGAGGCCAGUCCUUUGUUGGAGUCCAUCACUGAAAAGCGAAAUUGGUGGAACGCCAGAUAAACCAAGGGUAUAUUGGUCUUUUCAAACCUUUACAGACAAAGAAGACUUUUUUUUCUGAUGAUGUCACACAAUCCUCAUCGUAUAGUAGAAAUUGAGGUUCCAGAUUAUGGAGACUAUGGAAUGAACACCCUCGGCACUUAGCAAACGCCUCAGCUUGCCUUUGCCAUUUAGCCUCAAAGAUGGCCUACUGCACAGCCACAGACCAUUCCUUAUUUCUUCUGAUCUGCUCCCCGAAAGGCUUUGGAAGGUGCCUGUGCUAUGCUGGGGUGAUCUAACUCCAUAUGAUGAGUUAUAUUACUGUGAAGUGUAAAUUUGCAGUCUGAAGACUUUACUGUGUAUUAUUUUGCAUCUCUAGAACACUGGGCUCAGCACUGCAGACAAAUUGGUUCUCUUUUGAAUGUGAGCAUUAAGCAUGGUUAUCUGAUGCUUUUGAAUCUCAGGCCACUGUUGGGUGAAAUCACUGACCUGUAUUUAACUGCCCCUUACAAGGUGACAGCUGUUUUUUAAUCCCUGCUCACAAUGACUAAUUAGUUAUUAUGCAUAAGUACUUGAAGCCAUCUGUUUUACUUCAGGAAUUUUUUUUAAACCUUUAUUUCUUUAGUAAAAAUGGCAUCUAAUUUAGGCAUGAGUCUCUUAACAAACUUCCUCACAUUAUAUUUAGACAUACAUGCAUAAAUAGCUUGACAUCUGAUACUGUAUUGUCACAAGUACAGCAGAAAAGGAUGGUCUUUUUGCACUGGGGAGGCAUUUUAAAUGGCCUAUGAUAUGAAGGCAGCUGUUCAAAUUUACAUAGUGUGUUUUCCAUAUGAUAGCGUUGCUUUUUGCUUCAACUUCCGGUGAUCCCAGCUGUCUCAGCUCCUGCAGUAAGAGAUAAAAAAACCUCAUCUAUGUCUACCUUUCAAAGGGGAUCUGUUCAAGGCUUGGGUUCUACAGACGCCUGUAGUAUCAAAGGCUAGCCUCCUCCAACAGCCCCAACCUAGAUGCUGAGCAAAUACUGCAGAGGUCAAGCCUUCACAUCACCAACACACAUACCAUCUGCGUUCCGUUCUGUCCUAAAGCGAACUAUGGUGUCAUAAAAUGUGUCAGGGAUCAAAGUUUGAGACUUUGGUCAUUUCUAAAGUGCAAAUUUCUACUGUAUUUUUUUUAAGUCUGUAUUUUGUUGCUAUGAGAUCUCUAAAUGGUUUUAAAAAUGAAACUCAAACCAAGAGCUGACCUGUCAAGGGGAGCUUUCUAUCUCAGUGAGGCCAAAUUUCUUACAUACCUUAAUGUGGGAGACAUCCAGCAAAUUUGUAAUUCACUUCUCUCUCAUUCAUAGAAAUAAAAAUAUGUAUAUAGUCGUCACUCUGUUGUCUUGUGAGCUAUAAAUGCUAUGUGUUAGGAUAGCUUGCCCUAGCAAUGAAGGGCAGCACAAGUCAAGUGAAUAAAACCCUUUUCCUAUAAGCAAAGCUAAUAUUAUUGAGGCUGAUGCACGAACAUGGAGAGCAUCCAAAAAUCCACCUCCAUUUCCAGAUUUCUUAUAAACACAAGGGGAAAAAAAUAUUAACAUUUGAAUAAAGAAGAAUAAUCUUGGUGAAAUUCAGGAGCCACAUUGCUGAAUAAAACUAGUUGGGAAGUGGGGAAAACUUGUGAUUAUAUUCACUUUCCCCUUUGGUUCUUAUCCAACUAGCCCUAGCAUUCAGGCCACUAGGAGGCUGUUUUGUUUUCAUUCACCCUUGUUUAGUUAAUUCAAACUACACAUAUUAAAAAGUGCCAGACCGCUCUGUUUUAACAUCCUUUCCCUUUGAAAUGUUUCCAGUGCUACUGAAUUAGAAGGCUCUGGAGCUCUGGAAAUCAAAUGUACUGAUCUUUCAUGGAAGCAUACUGGCACCAGGAGACCGCUUACUUUCUUAGCAUGAAUUCUGAGAGCUACCAUUCUCUCUAGUCCCAGUGGCCAUGCCCUGGUGCAUUCUGCACUCACGCUAUGGGGCCCGUGUGUCUGUUAGAUCUCACUUGUGUUUCUUGAGAAGAAUGGCACGCUCUUCUUGCCUUUAAGGGUACCAUUCAUUUUCCUUAUUCAAAUGUUUCCUGAUCAGGAUCAUGGGUCUCUUUCUCUUUGCUCAGAAAAGAAGGUUGAACUCAUGCUUGGUCUCUACUUGUCAUCAAAGUCAUUUGAGAUAACAGUGCAUCAGACUGAAGCAUUUUUCUUUGUUGUUUUGAAUGUUAGUAAUGUGGGAAGCAAAAGCUGGUCUGUAAGAUUGUUGUGUUGAUCAUACUAAAUGUAGUCUCUAGUUCUGUGCAUUCUAUCAAUCUCAAUUGUUUAAAAAAUGGGUGUUUUUAUAGCUUUGUUUUAUAAAUGCAUUGUAUGAAAACAGACACCAGGAUCUGACAAAUCCACAGAAUAGCCUUAGUUUUCAAAGACCACCGAUAUGUUAGAAUGUUUUAUUCACGUGUCACUUAUUUACUCUACAGCAACAAUAAAGACUUCAAACAUU